UAUUGGGUUGCUAAGGGGUGGCACAUCAGAGUCACUGGCAAGAUGAAGGAACACAGGAGGCAGAUGGCGGAGCAGUUCUUAAAUCACGCUCUGGGCAUCAUCUACCUGCUCACCGGAGAGGAAUACACAAUUGUAAAGAAGAAUUCCCCCAACAGCUACAGUCACCGGCUGACAGGAGAGGUCCCUAUAAAGUGUGACGAUGUUGCUAUGUAUUUCUCUAUGGAGGAGUGGGCGUAUAUAGAGGGACAGAAACUUUACAAAGAUGUCGUGAUGGAGAAUCGUCAAGUGCUCAGUACUGCAGAAGUCUCAACACACAGGAGCUCAGGAGAAAAUAACGUUGAGAUGGCAUUUAAUGCUGAACAGUCGGAUGAUGUAACAAGUCGGUUGGAAGCGUUGGAUCAAGACGUGCAUGUUAUUAAUAGUAGCAGAGAAAAUAACGUUGAGAUCACAUCUAAUGCUAAACAGUCGGAUGAUGUAACAAGCCAGUUGGAAGUGCUGGAUCAAGACGUGCAUGUUAUUAAUAGUAGCAGUCACCAUGAAGGGAUUCCUGAUACCGUAAUAACAAAGACGGAAGAAGAGGAGAAGACAGAUGAUUAUGGUCAGCAGGAGGACAACGCUCCUGACCCUGGCGCAGGUCACCAUGAAGGGAUUCCUGAUACCGUCAUAACAAAGACGGAAGAAGAGGAGAAGACAGAUGAUUAUGUUAAGCAGGAGGACAACGCUCCCGACCCUGGCGCAGGUGAAUCUGUGAGCGAGCUUAUUUCUGAUGAAUCCCACAAAGCUGUAUAUACAUCAGAGACGAUAGUGGAAGAUAAUAUAGACAUCUCUCAGUUGAUUCAAAGCAAAGACUCUUACAAGAACCAAAAUGUGUUAUUUCCUACAGUAUCUUAUCAUUUCAUGCCACAAGCCCUUGAUUUAAAUGACAAGCAAGUCAUAGGAUGUUACAAUACGCAAUGCAGAGCAAGUACAGUUAAAGAUUCUGCGAUCACUAACAGUGCAAAUUGGGACGGACAAAAUUUGCUUUAUGAAAAUGGUAAAACAUUUAAUUUAAAAUCGAAGUUCUCUGUUUCUCAUCACUCAGUUGAUACAGACAAGGAACUAUAUAUUUGCCCUGUUUGUAAAAUGUGUUUUAAACUAAAAUCAAAACUAGAAAGACACACUAGAACUCAUAUAGGAGAAAGACCUUUUGUUUAUGAGACUGGUGAGAAAGGCUUUUCUUACGCAUUGAAUCUUGGUAAACAUGAAGACAGUCAUACAGGAGAGAAAUCGUAUGUCUGUCAGACAUGUGGGGAAGGCUUCUUGGAAGCACAAUUUCUUUCUAAGCAUAGACUAAUCCAUACUGGAGUGAAGCCCUAUGUCUGUCAGACAUCUGUAAAGUGUUUUUCACAGGGGACAGACCUUUUGGUUCACGACACAACUCAUACAGGAGAGAAACUGUACAUUUGCAAGGAAUGCGGAAAACAUUUCUCAUCACAGUCAAAUCUGAUUCGACACUGCAAGAGUCAUAAGGGAGAGAAACCCUAUAUUUGUCAUACAUGUGGGAAAGGCUUUUUUCAUGGGGAAAGACUUAAGAUCCACCAAAGGAUUCAUACAGGUGAAAAACCAUUUAUUUGCCAGGAAUGUGGUAAAGGUUUCUCAGAAAGGUCAAAUAUGAAUCGGCACCGAAAGUUUCAUAAAGGAGAGAAACCUUAUGUUUGUCAGACAUGUGGCAAAAGCUUUUCUCAGAGGCCAAGACUUAGGAUUCACUUAAGAACUCAUACAGGAGAGAAACCAUAUAUAUGCCAGGAAUGUGGUAAAUGCUUCACGGAAAGAUCAACUCUAACUCGACAUCAUAGGAUUCAUGAAGUAGAAUAGACGUAUAUUUCUAUGAAGCUUCUCUGAUAUGUUCAAAUAGGGUUGUAAGAUAUAGAAAACCACACUUUACAAAAAAUACCAACCAUAACAUUCUUUGAGUCUUUGGAUUAAAACUUAAGCACCAAUCCUUCAGUAUUCCACGGUCCCAAGAGGCUGAAAACCCAAUGCAAAUUCCUGGGAUUUUGGAUGCCACCAUGUUAACAAAACUUUCACCGUUGUUGCCAGACAGCCUCCUCUCAUCAUCAUCUAUUGUUCUUUGAUAAUAAGCAAGAUAAAAAACUGUUAAACCACCAGAGUUUGUUAUAAAUAAUAUUGUUUUUUCAAAUGUACAUCAUAGUGCUAGUAUUUUUAUUUAACCACCAAUGUCCAAAUACAUACCAGCCAGA